AUGGCAAAGAAAGUGGUGCUGAUCGACAACUACGACUCGUUUACUUGGAACAUCUACGAGUAUCUGUGCCAGGAGGGCGCACAGGUCGAUGUCUACAGAAACGACAAGAUCACCGUCGCAGAGGUCGCCGCAUUGCAGCCAGACGUGCUGCUCAUCUCGCCCGGGCCGGGCCACCCGUCGACAGACUCAGGUGUUUCAAGAGAGUGUAUCGCACACUUCGCGGGGAAACUGCCCGUGUUCGGCGUGUGCAUGGGCCAGCAGUGCAUGUUCGAAGUCUUUGGCGGUCAAGUCGGAUACGCUGGAGAAAUCGUCCACGGGAAAACGUCCCCGAUCUUUCACGACAACAGUGGAGUGUUCAAGAACGUCCCACAGGGGGUUCUCGUCACUAGGUACCACAGUCUUGCUGGGUCCAGCGACACACUCCCAAAGGAGCUGCAAGUCACCGCGAAAACGGAAUCAGGCGUCAUCAUGGGCAUCAGACACAAAAAGUACACCGUCGAGGGUGUCCAGUUCCACCCGGAAUCUAUCCUAACGGAGGAGGGACACCUCAUGAUCAGAAACAUGCUCAACACUACGGGUGGUACCUGGGAGGAGAACGACCAGGGGAAGUCCCGCGGGAUGUCUAUCCUCGACCGCAUAUACGCACAAAGGAGACUCGACGUCGAGGCACUAUUGGUAACACCGGGUGCAACCCUCCACGACUUGCAAACCAACUUUAAGCUAGGGUUAGCGCCGGAGGUAAUCGAUUUCGCGGGGAAACUCAGAGAUCACCCACAGAGGGCUGUCGUUCUAGCAGAGGUUAAGCGUGCUUCCCCCUCAAAGGGCAAUAUCUUCCCGGACGCAGUCGCCGCGGAACAGGGGCUCAAGUACGCGAGGGCAGGAGCCGCCGCGAUCUCCACGCUGACGGAACCGCAUUGGUUCAAGGGCACCUUGCAAGAUUUGGUAAACGUCAGAAGAGCACUCGACAUCGAGUUCAAAGAUUGCCCAGCAAACAGACCUUGCAUCCUCAGGAAAGAAUUUAUCUUUACCAAAUACCAGAUACUAGAGGCAAGACUAGCAGGCGCAGACAGCGUUCUUCUCAUCGUCAAAAUGUUGACUCAGGACGAACUCAAGGAACUGUACGAUUAUUCUACCCAGGAAAUGGGUAUCGAACCCCUGGUCGAAGUCAACUCCAAGGACGAGCUGAAUCGUGCGCUAUCUAUCGGAGCGAAAGUUAUCGGCGUAAGUAACAGGAACUUGCAUUCCUUCACGGUCGACUUGAACACAACAAGCAACCUGGUAGACUCCACACCAAAGGACGUCGUACUAAUCGCGCUCUCCGGUAUUUUGUCUGCUCAAGAUGCAGACCAUUACAAGCAGCAAGGUGUCAGAGGGUUCCUUGUCGGCGAAGCGCUCAUGAAGUCAGACAAUGUCCAGCAAUUCAUUCUACGAUUUAUGUGCUUAAUGAAAGACAAGCCCUUUAUUCUAAGCGCAUUUCGUAAUAUAAAUAGACAACUACAGAAUGUACAUUAA